AUGGAUGGUGCAACGGUGUACCUGUUUCAUUACACUCUUCUCACUCCUAUUUAUUACCCAGUUGAGCCAAGUUGUUGGCUUUUAAAUCUUGCAGGCAAGUGAUAAUAGCCCAGUUUUGCAGAGAGCCAACAACAACCAAGAGGGACUUUGCUUGCAUUAUUGGACUUUUAAGUCCCUCAUUGAAUUGUGGAUUUGCUUAACUUGUUCGAGAGGAGAAAUCCUUACCAUAUUCCUCGCUAAUUUUGAUCUUGUUUCCAUUUAAACACACGAAAUUGCUACUAUAAUACUACUCGUGAUACAACUCCGUCUGCAAAAAAAUAAGAUCUUUUCAUAGAACCCACACUGCAAGAAGUGAGACUGCUUCACAUUCAUGUUACACGCUGCAUACAUGCAGAGUCGUGUAAUUUCCUACACACAAGCAAUAUUUAAGAGCUUUUUGUUUUAUUUGGAAACGGCUCUCAGUCUUUAUGGGGAUCUGCGAGCGUAAACUGUGGCAACAAUUACGCUGCGUGCCUUAGCUCGCUCAGUUUACAAAGAACUUUCGGAAUUUUGCACAACAUAAGCUCACCGACAAGACAACAGGCCGUGAUUUUGCAGCAGGAAUACUUGCCACAUCUGACACUUUAUCAUUCUUCUUAUCGUUGUUGUUGUUCAUUAACUUUAUUCUCCGACAUCUUCUACUAGUCGACUUUUUAUUUCGACCCAUGAAGUACCGUCGUAGGUAGUGGUGCUCCUCUUGUGUUUUUGAAACGGUGCUGAUUCGGUCGGAGUGGAAAAUAAUGGAAACAAAAUAGUAUUCGUCGUCGUCAUCAUCAUCAAGGAAAUCAUUAUCAGAGUGCCUUCAAAAGUGCUUUACAAACAACGCAACAACGACGAUCCACCACUACGAACCAUGAAUAAUAUCAUGCAGUCGGAAUUAUGACGAAAAUUAUCAGGAAGUAUUUCUGCAUCUGUAAUUACCUGCAUCAGUACGCGUAUCCAAAUCAAUGCCACUAAAUUAACUGUGUGACAUUCCAUCCACGUAAUAACAAAAACAUAAAAAUUUAUACGCAAUACAAAUAGUAAAAAGUUCUAGGGGGAGAGAGAUAAAAAUAUUAUUUUGUCCUCACAAACCUGCGGUUGUGCCUCAAAAUCAAUCAAGUGCAUAUAAUAAUGGGAUAAUAACCUUCAUCCUCAAUAUUAUGAUGUUAGGAAGACAAGUUAUAAAAACUUACAAUAGGAUUUUUUAGCAAACAAAUAAAAGUUUGAACAAUUGUUUUUGACAAACAAAAAUAUAGUUGUCCAUAAUAAUGCUAGAAUUUGCUGGUGAUAGUGCUAACAACAAUAGAGUAAAAUUUGCUAUUGUGUCAAGUGUUGUGUUAAGGCCUCACUGAUUACAAUAACUUUGUUACCUUUCCAUUUCACUAUUUUAAAGUCCCUUUUUGACCUUUUUUUUGUUAGAAGGAAACCCAAAGUGGAAAAAGUCCCAUUGUUACAAAAGGUGUUAAUUCCAGUCGUACUUAGCACGUAUGUAAAUAAAUAAAUAAAUUAUCUACAUACGCAAAGUCAACGUGACACAUUGACCAGUUUGUUUAACCAAAUAUUUACAAACUAUACCCGAAAUCAUAUCAAUGGUGCAAAAAUAAUUAAAUUGCUGCAAGCUUUAUACAUAAACCGUGUCUCACACAAUUUUAGAUGUUUCUACUCUCCAAUCUCCAUCAAUAGUCCGGAAAUAUUAUGAAUAACAGAAUGUGCCUUCAGUUUAAAGUAUCAAAGUUGAAACUGACAAAGAACUUGUUAAUCUCGUCAUUAGAUGGAUCAGUAGAAUCGAAAAUAACUGUGUUUUAUUGUUGUGAAGACGGCUGAAUAAGUAUAAGAACAGGAGAAAAACGUGUAUAGUACUUACACGGGAAAAAAAGCAGAUUAUUUUACAGCCGGGUUUACUUCACCGUAUUAUAACAUAAAAUUGCUCUCGGCCAAAAGUGUUGUAUUCAUUAUACAGACAGAUUAUUAUUUGGAAGAAAUUGAGAAGAAUUUGAUACUGCUUAUACGUUCGUUUGAGAUCCACUUAUGGCACGCACCACCUGAAAACCAACCACCGCAAUAAUAAUCUCUCUCUGAAAGUGAGCGGAUAACAACCCCUUUUUCUUCCUCGUCUUUUUGUGCAUGACGAUCCAUGGAAUUGCAAAAUUCCGGAACAAAUGAGCUAGCCAGAGGAAAAUCAGGACUUUGGAUAUGCAAAUUUCCCGUUGUUCUUAUUACAAAUAGCUGUAUGUUCUACUAGCCAUCAAAUUGUGAUAAACUGAAAGCCUUGAACUUGUGAUGAUUCAUACAUAUAUUCUACACAGCUUUUUUUAUUAUUCUAAACUAGAAUGAACUGUGCUUUUCGCACUGAAAGUUAAUUUCGCAAUUAACAGUAACACAUAUUACUCAAUCGAGACGGAAUUUGAGUGGAAUGAAUGUGAUUCGCGUGGCCGAAGAAUGGUUUCGACUAUGAAACAUCUUGAAGAUUACGUGUCCGCCAUGGAAAACAGAUCGGAAGGGAUGGAUGUUCACGACGAGCUGCGCCAGAAGGAGAAGGACCUCAUGUUGGCGGCAGAGCUGGGAAAGGCCCUUUUGGAUAAGAAUGAAGACCUCUCCCGACAAAAUGAACGCAUCACGGAAGAGUACACACAAAGACUGGAGGUUUUGGAGCAGGAGAAGUAUCAAUUGAGGAGAAAGUUGGACGCAGCCAUAACGGAUUAUGAGAUACGCGUGGGUGAGCUGCAGGCGGACGUGGCCGAGUUGCAAAAGUCGCUGGAGGAGCAGCAGAGGUUGAUGAAGCAGUCCGAUCGCGACCACACCCUCAUCCUCAACGAACUUACGGAGCAGAACCAACGCCUCACCACCCAACUGAAGGAGGCGACCAAGAAGGAGGAAAGUUUGCAAGCCCAACUUCAAGGACUGCGUGACCAGUUUUCACUCCGGAAAAUGGCCAUGUCCGAUCACAGCAGUCAUCUCGAGAGUUUGCGGGAUGAGAUUUCUAUCAUCACUGCGAAAAAGUAUGACUUGGAGAAAAAAAUCGACAUGAUUUUAGCCGAGAAGGAAGGUCUUUCCCAUCACUUGGAUGACUCUUCAGAUCGGAUCUUACUCCUAGAGAGGCAAAAUCGAGAACAGGAGAUGCAGUUGGUGCAAUACAGGAGUGAGGUUGAUGAGAUAAAGGCUGCAAAUCAUUCCUUGAGUACAAGAUUGGAAUUGCUCAACCGAUCGGCCACGGUGAAUCGCUCAUUGCUGAACGAGCUCGAGUUAUCUGCGGAUUUUCGUACGACGUCAGGCCUCUCAGCCGCCUCCUCUGGUAUCGGGGCCGAGGAAGAUGAAAUCGAAUGUGACGAACCGUUACCAACUUCAUCCGCUCACGUUAAAGAGCUCAAGGAAGAAAUUUGGAUGGCGUAUUUGUCAAUUUUGUCCAUGUGCAACCAGCUCAAAGGUGCCAAGUCGAAAACGAGGGUGGAUGAUGGGACGAGCAGUAUGGAAACUUCACUUAAUGAUUCCUCUGCAGCUAUCAAGCCUGGGAUUCUCUCCUCAUCGGUGGAAGAGCUCAAGCUAUUGCUGCGAGAAUUAGCCAAUGUGGAUGGGAUGCAGACUGGUGCUUUUAGUAAUAAUUCACAACUCGAACUCGAAAUGCGACUUCAUUCUGCGGACGAGUCGGUGAACAAAAUGGAACGCGUCCUUGCCGAGAAGUCGGAUGAAAAUAAACGGUUGAAGGAUCAUGCCACCCAACUUGCUAGUCAAAUCACCAUCCGAGAGGCGGAACUCGCAGCGGCGAUUGAGGAGAGAGACAACGCCCGAUUGGACCUGAGUCAAACGCACCUUGCCAAAGACGAAAUUGUGAAGAAAGCCUGGGACCUGAGGGAUCAAGCGGUGCAGAGGAAAAAUAAAGCGGAAAUCGCCAUGGCUCGAACAAGGAUUGAAAUGAUGCAGGUGGACAGCCAACUCAUGGAGGCUAUCCAACAAAAGAUACAACUUAGUCAGCAACUGGAACAGUGGCAAGUGGACAUGCAACAAUUGUUGGACGAGCAGAUGCGAACCAAGCUGUCGAAGCAAGAGACCAAAGACCAACCCCCAAAAGUUGUUACCGAAUCCGUCCCUUCAACCUCACAAAUUGAAAAGAAGAGAAACAAGCUGCUGGCGAUAUUUAGGAAUUUCAAUGGUAGUUCUUCUAGUUAAGUGGAUGUUUACCACCACGACCUUGUUUUUUAAACCAACUAAACUUAAAUAUUAUUAUUAUUAUUAUUAUACCGUUGUUUAUGUAUGACGGUAUUCUUUUUUUAGUAGUAGUGAAAUGUAGUAGUUUUUAAGUUGACUCAUUCAUUCAUGUGGUGACUUUAGACAAUAUAGCCAAGUAUCACGCGGUAAUAUACCUAUUAUUGUUAUUGAAAAUAAUGUAAUAAUAAUAAUGUUUUUAUCGUGUUGACUAAUCGCACUAUAUUUAAAUGUAAUAUGUGUGCAAAUAAAUAUUAUUGCAAAUCGAAA